UGUCAUGCUUCAAUUGAAGCUUGGGCCUUUCGGGUAGCAAAACCAGAACAAAAGCUGUGCAGUACUAUUACUUCCCACCUGGACAUCACACCUGAAUGCUUAACUGACCAACAAAGCUUUGACAGGAAAACAGUGCACACAUCAAAAAUCUAUAUUAGCACAUGCUGUGCUUCAUCCAACUGGGAAUCUGCAAAUGCCUUGUUCUUUAUCGCAUUGAGUGGUGAAUUUCUACAUAUGGAAUGAAGAAGUGAAGCAGACUUUUCCUCCCUUGAUGUGGAUCAUGUUAACAUUCUAGUUAACCCUCAAUAUCAACAAGACUGGACCGCCCAGGCUUUGGAGCUGAGCGCAAAAUUAAAUUAACCCUGGUUCAGCUUAAAAUGAGGACAGAGUGAGCCAACCAUAAUCUUUCGGUGUAGAUUUUACCCACUGAGGGUUAUUGAAACAGGAGGAGACCAUGAAAGCAGCAGUUGAUAGGAAGUCAGGGUCUGAGGUGUGCUCGGCCUGGCUGGAGUGGAGAUAAGAGCUUGGGCGAGAGAGAAAACAGAGUUUGAUGAGACGACUAGAAUACAAAUCAGUGUCUACUGUUCUUCAGCCAGACUGCUGAAUCAAACCAAUAUUAGUGUGUCUGCUGGACAGUGAUUCAGCAACUAUAAUAGCUUUAUUGGUUGUGCAUUGAAAUGGUAUGAGCGUAAUCAAAAGCUCUAAUAUGAAACUAAAUAGCAAUCACCUUUUUGUAAAUCUCAAUUUUUGAGAUUUUGUCUCAGAACCCAGUGUGUCUCCAAGACUGAAAUUAUGGAUAAAGGAUCCAUCAGGUCCCAUGGAUACGUGUGACAACCAACAGUGACACCCAUCAAUGCAGCCCUCGCACCAUGACAAAGGAAAGCAUAGGCCCUGAUUUGAUUGUGGUGAUGUGGCUCAUCUAGACCUUGAACAAAGGUUUAAAGGGGAAAGGCAAGAUGGAUCAGGAUAAUAGCUCCGUUGAUCCGUUCUUCACCAACGCCAUGGAGAGCUCUGAACCCACAGAGGCACUAUGGGACAAAGCCACUCUCCUGGGGCUCCAGAUCUUCCUGUCAGCCAUCCUGGCAAUCGUCACCCUGGCCACCGUGCUGUCCAAUGCCUUUGUCAUCGCCACCAUAUUCCUGACUCGGAAGCUACACACGCCAGCCAACUUUCUGAUUGGCUCGCUGGCUGUGACAGACCUGCUGGUGUCCAUCCUGGUCAUGCCUAUCAGCAUCUUGUACACAGUGAGUAAGACCUGGGCCCUGGGGCAGAUUGUCUGCGACAUCUGGCUGUCAUCGGACAUCACCUUCUGCACUGCCUCCAUCCUGCACCUGUGCGUCAUCGCACUGGACCGCUACUGGGCCAUCACUGACGCCCUGGAGUAUUCCAAGCGCCGGACAAUGCGUCGAGCGGGCCUGAUGAUAACGGUGGUAUGGGUGAUCUCCAUCUCCAUCUCCAUGCCGCCGCUCUUCUGGAGGCAGGCCAAGGCCAACGAGGUGGUGAUGGAGUGCAUGGUGAACACGGAUCAGAUAUCCUACACGCUCUACUCCACCUUCGGGGCGUUCUAUGUUCCCACCGUGUUGCUGAUCAUCCUCUACGGCCGGAUCUACAUGGCAGCCCGCUCACGCAUCUUUAAGACACCAGUGUCAUGCGGCAAGCGUUUCACCACGGCCCAGCUCAUCCAGACAUCGGCCGGCUCCUCCCUUUGCUCCAUCAACUCCGCCUCCAACCAAGAGGGCCACCUGCACCCCGGAGGGGGAGGCAACACGGGAGGAGUGGCAGUUUACGGAGGUGGAGGAAGCGGUGGGUCGCCUCUCUUCAAUAACUGCGUGACGGUGAAGCUGGCUGACAGUGUGCUGGAGAGGAAACGUCUGUGCAUCGCCCGGGAGAAGAAGGCCACCAAGACGCUAGGCAUUAUCCUGGGAGCCUUCAUCGUGUGUUGGCUACCCUUUUUCGUGGGCACCCUGAUACUGGCCAUCUGCAAAGAAUGCUGGUUCCACCCAGUGCUCUUCGACGUGUUCACCUGGCUUGGCUACCUAAACUCGCUCAUCAAUCCUGUUAUCUACACUGCCUUCAAUGACGAGUUCAAACUGGCCUUCCACAAACUCAUCAAGUUCAAGAGAUGCUACUAAGGGAAUGCGAGUAUUGUACAUAGAAAAUGUAUCAUAACCCAGCGUUUCCCCAAACGUGGGGUCUCCUGAUUUGAAAAUGGGGUUGCGAGAGAAACAUAAUUGUGCUUGGUUCAUAAAACCGGGGUUACGUCAGUUGUAAUAAACAGAGCAGUUUCUGUUUUCUUCUUACAAAUGUGGUUCUUUUUUUUGUGUGUGUGUGUGUGGGGGGGGUGGUGUAUAA